AUGGACAGCUCCGCGCUGCCGGGGGCUCGGCCCGACCCAGGGGCGGAGCGGGGCUCGGCCGGGCGGGGGGCGGCGGGCACCGGGGGCAAGAUGCGCAGGGUACCCCGGGGAUGCGGUGUGCCUCAUAAGGGAUUUAAAGUGGAAGUGUCCAAAGGAAUAAUUCUUCAUGUGGUGGAUGAGGUUACAACAGAGGUUGGUUUUCUGACCAGAAAUAUACUUAUUCAAGGAGAAAUGGAAGACUCCUGUUAUGAACAAUAUCAACACCAGUUUUUCUCUUUUGAUACAUUCAGAAGGCACAUUAAAAUCCUAAGGAAUUUUAGCUCUGUUCACAUAUCAGGAGUGGAACUAAAAAACAUGGGGCAACAAAUCCUGGGCAGUUACCCUGUGCAUUUUCACCUGGCUGAGGAUGUGGAUGAGUGAGGAGGAUAUGAACACCCAGCAUUCCUUGGUAACCUGGCUAUCACCACUGCUUCUCAGGGUGGAACUCAUGGCCUUCUGUUGCAGCCCAUCAAGGGGAAAUUACAGGAUAUGAUUCCACGAAAUGGAUUUAUUUCAAGUAUCCCUCUGUAUACAAAAAUAACCAAGGCUGUCAGCACAUUCUGGAUUGCAAAUCCAAACAACAACUUAAUAGAGAAUGCAGCGGCUGGGGCUCAGGAUGUUGGGAUAUUGCCCACCAGACAGUCUGAGAGAAAACAUCCAGAGGGACAGGCUGAUGCACCCCUGGGAGUGUUUUACAGCAGAGCCCACUCCAGCUCCAAGGCUGGUCUGUUUAUUGGAAAAGGAGUAAAGACAAGGAAAGCUGAAGAUCCCAGGGAGUAUCUCACUGUCCAUAAUGCCAGGUUUUGCCCACAUCAAGAUGCUGAUCCUGAAAAGCCACGAGUUCCUGCCAUUCAUGGUCUUAUUGCUCUUAAAAAUAAUGACCACAGGGCCUGGGGCAGGGGUGAUGACGACAUUUUCUGCAGCUCAGGGUUUUCAGACAAUGGAAUUGGACUCACUCUGGCAAGUGAUGGGACUUUCCCAACAGACAGCAGCUCCAGCCUGGAGGUUACAUGUUCCAUUUUUGUUGGAGAAAGCAGCAACUUUGGCUCCCAGGGAGGCCAAAACAGCUACUGGGGAAAAGGGGCAAAUGGAGAACACAGAACACAGACCAGAAACAAGACAUUUCCUAUCCAUGGAUUCCAGAUUUAUGAUGGGUCUGUCAGGAGGAAGAAGUUCACCCUGACUGUUCACAGAUACUCAAGUGCCAUAAGGUUCUUCAUGAAAAAUCCCUGGCAGAUGAGCCCUCAGAACAAUGUGUCACAGAUCCUGAUGGAGAAAAGUGUUGGACUGAAAGUGUUUUUUGGCAGACCAGGCCAGUGGUUUGGAAACAAUGACAAGGAAAUGUGCAUCUUCCAUGAUGUGGAUGGCUGGGUGACAGGGCACCCAGACACUCUGGAGGCAGAGCAGAGAAGCCCCUGCUGCUGGAAUGGGCUGAUCUCUCCUGGGAGCUCACAGCUUUGCAUCCAGGCCAGAUGCCCCAAGAACCUGACCUUGCCCACUGCCAGAGCAGCAUUCCCUUCCCAUCCCCUGUGGCUGCGAGGCGAGCGGGGAGCUGUGUGCCAGCAGUGCCAGCCUGUGGUCAUGCUCCAGCAGGAUUAAAUCCUCCAGUGGGAUGGCAGAGCACCUGAAAACAUCAUCCUGGACCCCAGCAACUUCAACAGUGUUACAAUCCCUGCAAAAAGCAGUCCUCCAGAAGAGGCUAUCCUCAGUAACAAGGCCCUGGGAACAUUGGCUGGAUGUUCACCCAAAGCCAUGUUUGCAUUGUGCAGGUUGGGUGUGUUUACUGGGCUUGAGCUGAAGGCAGAAAACUUUAAAAAAAGCCAAAAUCGAAGAAAGAAUGCAGGUAGUUCAAAGAACACAUUUAAAUCCUGGAAGGUUUUGGUGACACAAGGAAAGAAAACCAUGGUUCAGGCAUCUUGGUGUUAUAUGCUGAGACACUUAAGAGGGGAGAAAGGAGAAAAAAACCCCAAAAAGGUUGCUAUCACCAGCACACCCUCAGUUGAGUACAUAAGGAUCCAGAUCCAGUCUCUUGGCCGGGCAGGCAUACAAAACCACUUUACAUCUGCAUUCAUUAAGGUAAGUGGCACAGUGCUCCUGUUCACCAGCACUGGGAUAUUCCCCGUGGUGCUGGAUGCAUGCUCAGGAGCAGUCGGCAGGCAGCACUUUGACACAGUUACCAAUGAAAACCCUGCCCUAGCAGUAACUGAGUGAGUUCAAACAGCCAUAAAAGAGAGAUCACUUGUCCUUGUGUGUUCUAGAAAUACCACAGACAUGCUGGGCAUGUCUGAAAUGACAGUUUUUGUCAGGUUAGGUUCAGCAAAGUCUAUUAUCUUCCACAAGGGAGGGAGUUUUGCCAGGCUUGGCGAUAAAGGACAAGCCAAACCAUCCUGGAUUAAAGUCUUUAAUCAUUCUAAGAAAGCUGCUUCUCUUCAGCAUUAUGUUCCCUUGAAGCUGAAGGAAUAUCAGUGUCCUGAUAAUACUGUUGAGCCACUAAAAUUUGUUUUUUUCUCAGACCUGCUUGGAGCACAUCUCUGCAAAGGCUGGGGUGCCCUGGGGCACUGCUGGGGAGCACCAGCCAGGCAGAGCCCAGCAGCACCACCACCAAAACCUGCUGUUCUUACAUGA